AUGACCACCCUGGAGGAACCUCAGAGCGCUCGCAGGUCGAGCAUCUCUCCCAAAGCAGAGUCUUUUGUCUCUCGCGGAACUUAUCACACUGAUCAUCACCUCAUGGGUAAACAAGAAUUCGAAGAAGUCGAGCUCGACCAGGAUGUCAACCGACAAGAGCCGGUCAGCGGAACCAUUGACUAUACUACGGAUCCCAAAUUCAAGCUUUGUUUCCUGGGUCUCUGCAUGUACAUCUUCUUGUUCGCCCUGGAUCAGUUCAUCAUCACCUCGGCCGUCCCACAGCUGUUAAACGAGUUCGAGCAAGGUGAAAAGCUCGCUUGGCUGAACAGCGCCUUCUUCAUCUGUUGUGCCGGGUUCAUCUGCUGGUUUACCCAGUUGAUGACAAUCAUACGACCGAAGCUCGUCUACUUGGGUUGUUGCCUGAUCUUUUUGGCUGGUUGCGCGAUAUGCGGUGCGGCUACGAGUAUGAACAUGUUGAUCAUCGGACGGGCGGUGGCUGGCUUAGGAGGGGCCGGAUUAUGGGCAGCGUCAUACGUCAUUGCCGGACAGAUAAUUCCACUUCUUAAGCGACCUGCUCUUUUCGGUCUUUACGGUCUUGUCUUCCUGGUAGCUUCUGUCGGAGGGCCUGUGAUUGGAGGUGCCUUCACCGACAUGGGAGAGGAUGGGUGGAGAUGGUGUUUCUAUAUCUCGAUUCCGAUGGGAGGUGCAAUGCUCCCGCUGUUGAUGUGGACUAUACCCAGAGGCGUGACCAUGCUCCCCUUCGAUGGCAAGCCCGAUAACAGGACUAAAUUCCAGAGGAUCUUACGGAUGGAUUGGGUUGGCUCCGCCCUGUGCGUAGGAUGGGUGACGUGUUUCGGAAUGUCCCUUCAGUGGGGAGGCAUCACAAAAGAAUGGAACAGCGCACCCGUACUUGCUCUCUUGAUCUUGACACCUGUCUUGUUGAUCGCGUUCAUCGGUUGGUCAAUCUGGAUGGGUCCGCGCGCUAUGCUGCCGACUCCUCUAUUCAGAUCUCGACACCUGUGGGGCGGUGCUCUCGUUUCGUUUUUUGGUUAUGGAGUCGUUGUCAUCAUGCUGUACUACCUCUCCAUCUACUUCCAGGCAAUUAAAGGAAAAACCGCGACCAAAGGAGGAGUCCUACUUCUGGCGCUACAAUUGGCCAUGUGCCCAACGAUAGUCAUCGUCAGCAAGGUCGCGGAGCGAAAAGGUCACCUCUGGCCUAGUAUCCCCGUCGGCGGGGCCUUAGCCGCAGUCGCCUGCGGGCUCUUCUACACCCUUUCUCCGGAAACCAGCACUGCCAAGAUCAUUGGCUACCAAAUCAUCGCGGGAGUCGGGGUCGGGGCCGUUCUGAACAUUGUCAUCGUCAUCGUGCAGGCGAAUUAUGCGACGCGCUCGGGCCUUGAACCGCACGCAACGACGGCUCAGAAUUGGUCCAGUUUCAUUGGGCGAAUAGUUGGAAUCACCGUUUCCACCAACCUGUUCGAGAACAAGCUGAAACAGGAUCUGGAGCAUACCGGCUACCUGAGCGGCCACUUGAUCGAGUCCAUACUAAGUAGUCCCGGUGCCAUUAGAAGAUUGCCGACAGAGAUGCAGGCCCCGGUCAUCGACUUGUACGGCAACGCCUUGAACAAGGUCUGGAUUGUAGCUAUUGCCCUCGCCUGCGCCUGCUUCUUGUCGUCGUUUCUACUCAAGCGGGUAAGCCACUGGAUCCACUCGGUCGUUUCGAAUAUGUUGCCUAACGCAUUUGACCAUGACCCCUACGCGUACUGUAGCUCAAUAUGCUCGAGAUUCACGCUGGAUUGGAGAGCGAAAUCGCCAUGAACAGUAUUGAACGAGGAACACCUCCUAAAUCCACUUCAGAGUUCUCUUGAAUACUCUACCGAUGUAAUACAAUGUUGAAUAGCUG